CUUUUUUAUCUCCCGGCUUUCAAAAUGUCUUACAUCAGGAAGUUAGCUAAAUUACAAGAGAAAGAAGCUCAACAAAGGGCCGCUGAAAAGGAAAAAACUUCAGACGAAACACCUUCAAACAGUUCUAGGGAACAAAGCCCACAACCAACUGACUUCCAGCAAGAAUCAUCCCUUGGUUCGUUAGACUACGAAGCUGUUACAGACGCGACUGAAAAUGUUAAAUCCAGUGGCAAAAAAUCAUACAACCGUUGGUCAGAAAAAGAAAGAUUUGAUAUCGGAAAAUAUGUUGCGAUUCAUGGUGGUGCGGCUGCAAUCACAAAGUUUCAAACCAAAGACAGGCCGUUAAGUGAGAGUACAGCUCGAAGAUUUGGCAAUCUUUACAAAAAAGAGCUGAAAGAUUCAACCCGAGAAAAACGUAGCGUGGUAACCAAAUUUGUUCCUUUGAAACGCGGUAGACCUCUGUUCCUUGGCAGUCUAGAUGAGAUGGUACAAAGAUUUUUAAUUGCACUGAGAAAUCGAGGAGGUGUUGUUUCAAGAACAGUUGCAACCGCUGCAGCGAAAGCUCUAAUAUCACGAAACCCUCAAUUUGAGUUGGGGCAUAUUAAAAUUGAUAACAGUUGGGCAAAAAGCCUCUUCAAGAGAAUGGGUUUCAAGAAAAGAAUGAAAACGACCUCCAAAGUUGAAAUCACUGAAGGAGCCAAAAAGGAGUGCGAAUUACUAUUUCUUCACGAUAUUGUUUCGACCAUCGAACAACACAGCAUCCCUCACCAACUUGUUAUGAAUCUGGACCAGACACCUCUUAAGUUUGUUCCAAGAAUGAAUCACACCAUGGCGAAAAAGGGUUCAUCGUCCGUCCCUAUCGUUGGAUCUUCCGACAAAAGAUGCCUUACUGGUACCUUUAUUAUUACGCUUGAUGGUUCUUUUCUGCCAAUGCAACUGAUAUAUGGGGGGAAAACAAAUCAAAGCCUCCCAAAGUUUGAAUUCCCCGAAUCGUUCUCACUAAGCGUUAAUCCCAAACACUACAGCAAUACACAAGAAUCCAUCAAAGUCAUCAAAGAGAUCGUUCUAAAGCACGUUGAAGACCAGAGGAAGAAGUUAAAUAACCCAAAGCAAGCUGCUCUUCUAAUAUUCGAUGUCUUUCGAGGACAAAUUACUGAGGAAGUUACCGAAUUGCUGAAGAAGAACAACAUCUUCCUGGUUUUGGUUCCAAGUAACAUGACACAUAUAUUCCAGCCCUUGGAUCUUACUGUGAAUAAUCAUUGCAAGCAAUUCAUGAGAAAUUUGUUCACUGAAUGGUAUUCAAAACAGAUCGAGAAAGAGCUAUCCCUUAACAAAAAGAUCGAAGAUAUAAAUAUUCAAUUAAAGCUGACCACCAUCAAGCCUCUUCAUGCAAGUUGGCUCCUCCAGUUUUAUAACCAUAUCACUUCGGCAGAUGGCCGUGAAGUCGUUUUGAAUGGGUGGAAAGCAUCUGGAAUUUACGACGCAGUUCGCAUGGGAUCCACUUCACUUGAAUCCCUUGACCCUUUUCAAGAUCUAUCACCGCUGCCAGAAAGCAAUAGUGUAAUUACUCAGCCCAUAACCGACAUAAUCAAUGCGCCAGAUUUAUUAAAGGAUAGCUUCAUCAACGUGCGAGUCGAAAAUGACGAUGACAAAGAAGAGGAGUACACGCGUGACGAGGAUGACAUAGACUUUAGUCGGAAUGCAUUUGACAUUAUCAUAGACGAUGAAGAAGAGUAGAUUUUUAGUAUUUGUUUUAAAAUUCUUUGCUUUGUAAUGCUUAUUUCUACAUCUUUACCAAAGAAAAUUUUCGUUGAAAUUUGAAAAAAUCCUUCACUCGCCAAAAUUAGUUCCCGCCAAAAUUAAAAAAUCCGCUGACCCGCCAAAAUAAGUUCCCGCCAAAAUUAAAAAAAACCGCCACCCGCCAAAAUAAGUUCCCGCCAAAAUUAAAAAUUUCGUUGAUCCGCCAAAAUUAGUUCCCGCCAAAAUUAAAUUUUUUUUAGAUUUCCUUCGUCCGCCAAAAUUAGUUCCCGCCAAAAU